GUCUCGUCAACGCGCGCUCUCAUCGCACUCUAGCUUCUCGUGAUUUCAUGGUUUCGUAGCUCGUUCGUUCGGUGACGCUCUUCGAGAUAACGGAUGAAUAAAGGAUAUCGACGAGGAGUGUAUCACGUUCUGAACGACGAUCUGACUUGUGCGCGCGAGUAGAUAACAAGUAUCUGCGAGUGAGAGACAAACGGGCAAACGGAUCAACGAACGGAAGAACGAGAGAGAGAGAGAGAAAGAGAGAGCAAGCAGCGCCAUCAAGUAGCGUGAUAAAAUGAAUCGCGAGAGGCGACUGUGAAGGGUCAACCGAUCAAGUUCACAAUCUAGAGCCGACCAACCACCAGCCGUCUACGGGUAUCACGUCCACGCACGGGUGGAAAUUAAAUUACAAUCGGAGUAUUCCGCGGGCCACGCACCCGUGGAUCACCGGCCGGUUGGGGUCUCAACCCCCUUCUCUCCCCCCCCCUUCUCUACCUUCCCCCCGGAAAGUCGGCUGCGAGGUUGACGACAGCCGACGGCGGCGGUGGCGGCCGCGGCAGCGACGACGAUUAACCAGAAGGACGAGUGUUUGACGACGACGAUUCGAAGUCUAGGUUUCUAGGAGAAUAUAGGGCGCCGAGAGAGAGGCGGUUGCGAGAAGAAAAAAAACUGCCAGAGGACUCGCGUGAGUUUCUUACGUAGGAAAUAACCAUUUUUGCAUAAACAAUGGCAGCGUUACCACGAAGGAUCAUUAAAGAAACUCAAAGAUUAAUGCAAGAACCAGUUCCUGGUAUCAGUGCAGUGCCAGAUGAUACAAAUGCUAGAUAUUUUCAUGUAAUAGUAACGGGACCUGAAGAUUCGCCAUUCGAAGGUGGAUUAUUUAAGCUCGAAUUGUUCCUACCAGAAGAUUAUCCAAUGUCUGCACCGAAAGUUAGGUUUAUAACAAAAAUAUAUCAUCCAAAUAUAGACAGAUUGGGCAGGAUUUGCCUGGAUAUCCUCAAGGACAAGUGGAGUCCAGCGCUUCAAAUUAGAACAGUUUUGCUGUCUAUACAGGCGCUUUUGAGCGCACCGAAUCCCGACGAUCCGUUGGCAAACGAUGUAGCUGAUCUUUGGAAAGUCAAUGAGAGCGAAGCGAUACGUAAUGCCAAAGAAUGGACUCGAAGAUACGCUAUGGACAACUGAUCUCAGCCUUGUCAAAUCGCCCACGACGAAGCAAAGCGACGUUACUCCUACUUUUCCCAGACUUUUCGUCACCUUAUCUGCACCAACUGCGUAUCCGGCACCUGUGUCCACAAUUUUGCUAUAAAAAUAAUAAAAGUUUUGUAAGAGUAAAA